AUGGUAGGGAAGAAGAAGGUCGUCCCCGGGGCAUUCAUCGCGGGGCAUCCAAUCGGCGUCGGCCGGGUGCGGGACUCGGAGUGGUGGCCACAGGUUGGCUGGAUGGUAGGGCGGACUCGAACGGUUGAUGAGCCGCCGCCAAGUCGGGCUACCACCGCGGCUGUCGGGCUUUUGCAUGUGGCCGCGAGCCAGACGGGCCUGUGUGCUCUGGCGAAAGGAGGCUGGCCGGCGGCCUCUGUCUGGUCGGGGGGUAGAAUGGUGUUUUCGUGUUUAUUUAUCUCUCCGGUAGUCCGAAUAGCCGAUUGUUUAUCUAAACGCGCCAAACGCCCCAGCUACCUGGCACCAGGUGAGACACGAUUUGGCGCCAGUCAACCUGUGAUGUUGACCUCACGUCCGAGCGCGAUCUGCAUCCGGUGGCCGGAGUCGGGGCUCUGCCCACCGGCGGCUCGGCUGGCCCCCGGCUUGUCCGACCACCGCGAACCGUCUAUCGCGCAUACGGACGGAUGGAUGAGGAGAAGAGGUGGGCCGAAGAGGGGAGGGCUGAUUGAACCGGGUGCUGACAAGGGGCGGGCAGAACCGACAACUGAGCCAGUCACGACGUCACUGGCGGCAGGACGGAAGUCGCCAGGUCACCUGGAGACCACUGAGACAGUCUGUGAGGCGGCAGUCUGA